AUGGGAAACGGACCUUUGGAGCGAAAGCUCCAAUUCGAGAAGAAGAACCAAAAUCUUGUCAAGCUUCCAAAAUAUGCAAAGGUUGAAAAGCGACCCAUUCCUCAUGCGCCAGUUGCCUCACCCUACGCCGGUGCCUCGGUGCCCAAGGUCGUCUACGUAUCCAGCGGCACACCCUUCAUGAGUGCCGUGAAGCGCGUCCAGAAAUUACUCCGCCAAGCCGAGAAGCGCGCUACGGCCAAAAUCAGCCUCGAGGACAGCCGGAAGACGGAACAGCAGAAGCUUGCCGAGCUUGCCAAGGUUGCUGAGAAGCGGGAGGAGGUGUUUGUGAAGGCUACCGGGCGUGCUAUCGAGAAGGCACUGAACGUAGGCAAGUGGUUCGAAGAGAAAGAGGCCGAGUACACUGUCCGGGUUAAGACUGGGAGUGUUCUUGUCGUUGAUGAUGUGGUUGAAGAUGAGGAGAAGAAGGAGCGGGAAUUGCAGAAACAGCAACGCGAGGAGGGAGCGCAACAAAACGGGCAGCAGGAUGCCCAGAAGAACACUGAAGAGAAGGCCGAUUCGCAAAACGCUGAAUCAAAAAGUGUCGCGAAGAAAAAGAAGAAGCGUCCAGCCUCCACAAUCUCUGAAGAAACCGAGCUCCCGGAGUCCCGAACUCGAUGGGUCAAGAUGGUCGAGGUGGCUGUAAGCCUCAAGUGA